AUGACAGACUACAUUCGCCGCAUAGUCUCGGGAGGCAAGGCAAGAUUCAAGGACGAUGCGCUCAAACUGGAGCUUGAUCUCGUCUAUGUCACUGACCAUGUCAUUAUCAUGGGCUACCCGGCCUCAGGCAUCGAAGGCCUGUACCGCAACAGAAAGGAGGAUGCGGUUCGAUUCCUGGAACACCGGCAUGGGAAGAACUUCUGGAUCUUCAACUUCUGUCCGAUCAAGGAGAACUCUUACGAUGCUGCAGCGUUUGGGGGCAGAGUCAGCCGGUAUCCUUUUCCAGACCAUCAGUGCGAAGUUGUCUCGUUCAAUCUGAUGAAGAGUUCAUUGAUGCUUCAAACAGUGCCCCGCCGCUAG